CAAAGCGUAUCUGCUGGGGACGCCAUUUCCAUGAUCCUGGAUCGGCUCCGCAGCGUGAGCAUCCUCCUGAGUGGGGACAUCAUUACAAUCGUCCGGAUGCUCAGUACGCUGGUGGAGAUACAGGAGCGACAGCUCGAAAACGUACCUCAGGAAGAAAGGAAAGGCAUAGCCACUGAUUUUACACAGGCAAUGGUACAAUGCGGAAGUAUCGUAUUAAAAGACAAGUACAGAUCAGCUUGGAACGAAGUUCCAUCGGGAUCCCAGCCUAGAUUGGCAGCAAGUCUCAGCGACAGUAUGGAGAAGGCGGGUUUACUGCUGGCCAAGACUUCGCCGACUGAAGAAAUCUCAAUAUCCCAGGAAAAUGUUGUGAUGGACAUUGUCCCCGCAUCAACCGGUAACGCCACCUAUCCCAACCUAACGAAGGCUGGUACGUCUCCACAAUGGUCUGACGUGAUCGACAGGAUCACACUCCCACCAGUGGACCGACAAGUCGUGGUGGCCCUAUACAACACGUUAGGGGAUUACUUCAACACCAGACCGGAGGAGACAAUAGUCAAUUCUCGUGUUAUAUCGGCAUCUCUUGUAAACAGCUCUUCUACUGAGUCCGACCUUGGUGGUAACGUUACCAUCGUUUUGGGACAUAUAAAGCAAGACGACAAGACCGUCAACCUAUCCACAUCUUUUUGCUCUUUCUGGAACCAAUCGCGCGGAAAUUGGUCUACAGAUGGUUGCACAGCAAAAGUGACUGAUGACGGCCACACCAUCUGUGAAUGUAACCAUCUCACCAACUUUGCGAUCCUGGUGGACGUAAUAGGACAUAAGGAUGAAUUUGCUCUCCAUGUCAUCACCUACAUCGGAUGUAUCAUCUCCAUCGCGAGUCUUCUCUUCUGCAUCUGUGCCUUCUUGGGAAGAAGACGAGUUCGUUGUCCCCGCACCAUAAUACUUGCAAACUUGUGCAUCUGUCUGUUGGUUGCUGAGGUGGUCUUCCUAGCCGCAGUUGACAAAACGCAGAAUAAGACCGUCUGUACUGUCAUUGCCAUCGCUCUCCACUACCUGUUCCUGGCCGUGUUCGCCUGGAUGUGUGUGGAAGGGAUAGAGCUGUACAUCAUACUUGUCAAGAUCUUCAACUUAAAGAGUUCCCGAAUGGUCUACUACUAUCUGUUAGGCUAUGGGACACCAGGCGUGGUGGUGGGUGUCUCAGUGACAGUCAACUACUUGAUGGGGCUGGAUGGAUACGUCACAGAAAAAUACUGCUGGCUGGCUGUGAAGAACUACUUCAUAUUUAGCUUUGUGGGACCGAUGCUUUUUGUUAUAGUGGUGAACAUUGGGGUCCUAAUCAUGACGCUCAAAAUCAUCCACACCAAGAGAUCCAGUAGGAAACUCGACGAGUCUCGGGGAAAAAAGAUUAGACACUGGGUCCGUGUGUCCUUGUCUCUCAUAUGUGUAUUGGGAGUGACUUGGGUACUGGGCGUGCUGUACAUCGUGAGGGAGACCAUAUUCUUUGCCUACGCCUUCGCUAUAAUCAACUCCUUGCAGGGUCUGUUUAUUCUAAUAUUCCACUGCCUGCUGAAUGAAAAGGUCCAAGAUGAAAUGAAACGAAGCAUCUCCAGAUCUGGGAGGAGGAGAACCUUAAAUAGCACGGGAAGCGUGACAACCUUCCGACAAAAACUGGGAAGUUUUAGUUCCACAUCUUCACAUACGUGGCAAACACCACCUUCAACAAUGGUGACGAGUUAUCCCAGGAAACUGCAGGGUACAAGAUUGGACCACCCAAUAGUCAUACCACGAGUACAACUUCCAAAUCCACGCUACUGAGAGACUGCCCUCAAUGUUGGAGUCUUUGGGUAGCAUCAUCAUGACUGAAGAUGCUACCAGUGAAAACAACCAUUACAAAUGAACAACAGACACCUGAAGAAUAAAGUUUAUUCCCAGUCCCAUAUGCAAUGCUUACACCGAAUAUGUAUUCUUUGUGA